AAUAUCUUGUCCUUUUUUUUUUCAUAACAAUAAUGUCGUGUGGUCGUUUUUCAAGAAAUCUAAAAAUUAUGAAUCUAGAAAAAAGUAAACAAAAAUACGUUAAAAGAUCCUUAUCGAUCUUGCGAAAGAUAAAUUAUUUCGGGCUCAGACAAUAACGUCCGUCGCAAGUGAUUCACAGCGACAGUUUAACGUCCUGCUGCUUUUUCAGAAGAGACGAGCAAGUCACGGACCGUAAGAGUGUCCUAUGGAAAUCUAACAAUGAAAGCGAAACCACCGGUUCCAAUUAUGUCCAUGGUUUGUCAUGUCGUGACGAUUCGGAGUAGGUGCAUGGCUAUAUAUGCUACGAACAAUGUUAAUAUUCUUCAGUUUCUUCAAAGAAACAUUAAGAUACGCCCUCAAGAAUUGCUCUCCUUUGAUAAUUCUACGAAGGUAUAUGCUAUUUAAUCUUCAAAAUCUCAUCUUAUUUUGUUCAAUGGCAAUUGUUAGAAGCAGUCCGAAAUUUGAUGAUGGAGGAUUUAUACCGAGUUCCAUGAUUUAUAUGGAUAAAAGUGCAAAGUCCCAGGAUCAACUUGCUAUGCCUUCUCAAGCAGAGCUUCGCAAUGAGACUUCAGCGAAACGGAAUGACAUGGACAGUAACGAUAUCACGGAUCGCAGUCAAGAGCCUCGAUUCAGUUUCACAAAUCUUGGUAGCACAGGAAGCGGUUACGGAAUAUCAACAUAUGCUCCGGCAAAAAUAGAUUUGGGAGGAUUGUUCUUGGGCGCUAUUAUAGGAAUAGGUUCCAUCCUCAUUAUUCCUAAACUGCUUUAUGUCCUUUCUGGUACUUAUGGUCAUUAUGCAAGAAGCGAAGAAAGCGGCUUCACUCAAAUGAUGACAAAAAUGGACGAUGUCCUGGCCCAUCAUGGUAUCGAUACAACAUCCUGUAUGCAACGAAUCGUGUGUACUUAUUCGCAACAAGCUUCUUCAUCUGUUAAAGAGGCUAAUAAAUUAAAUAACGAUGAAAAGAUUUCGUCCUUCGACCAUGUGGUUGAUACGAUUACGACGAAUCAAAUUUUCCGUACAACUAUGGAGGGAACCGCGAUACAGGAGGCAGUGGAAGCAGGGAGAGCUGGUCGAAACUGUUCGCGAAUUUAUCCUCAUUGCGGAUUCUCCAUGGAAACUAUGUUAUCCCUUUUAUCAAACGUAAUUACCGCAAUCGCCGCAAUUAACACAGGAAAUUCCACGCCUACAGGAACUGGGAGUUUAUAAUAAUGUCAGAGGUCAAAGAUUUUGAUGACAUAAGUGAAUAUUCUGAUUCGAUUAAAAUAUAAUGAAUUCUCGUAUCUUUUUAAACGAAUAGAAUGAUAAUGAAAAUUAAUGCUAUAUUACAAAAGAUAUUAUAUAAAAAUGUUUUUAUAUAGUUCCAUUUUAUUAAAUAAUUUAUAGAUUUAUCACAAAUAUCAAUUUCCCAUCGAGAAAUUUAUAUCUUAUGUAAGUAAUACAAGUAAAAUAAUAAUUACAGGCAAUUUUUAAUAGAUUAAAAAGGACAAAUAGUAACGAUUUCCUUUCACAUUUAUUUGAUCUUGUAUGUAUGAAGUGAAAAGUGAAAUUGUUUCCAGGUAAAAUGAUGGAAUCGUUGGUUCGCGCGCUUUAGCGUGUAACGUGACUACAACUUUCCUAAUAGAGACACGUGUUCUUUAUACAAUCUUUAAGUAAGGCAAAUAAGACCGUAUAGAGUUAAAUGGUAUAACGAUUUAUCUUUUAAUAUGAACACAAUGUUUGUUAUAUACAUUGUUCUGAUCAUUCAAUAUAGAUAUAAUAAUUUCUUUUACAAUGUAUAUAAAUAUAUAAUCAUUUCUAUUAAUGUAUGAAUCGCGUGCGAGGUUUUGAUUCCUAAGAGAAAUGAAACAAAAUUUUACAAGAUUAACAUCGAUAAAAAUAAAUGUCAAAUACUAAACAAACGAUAUUAGAAUUUAAACUUCAAAACACUUCUUGAGGAAUUCAUAAUCAAUGAUAGAUUAUAAAGUAUUGUGAUACAUUUAGAUUAAUAAAUUGUAAUCUUAUUUUUACAAAAAAAUAUUGAACAUUCUUUAUUAUAUUUUAUACGUGUAAUUAUCUAUGCUUAUUCUAGAAAUUCUUUGGUCCUUAGCGAAAACUUUUGUUGAACGCAUUAUUAAGCAAUAUAAUUUAACUAAUAUUAAUAAAUUUAAUAAACAAGCAAUCAAGCAUAAUGCCAUUCGAGCGAUUCUAUCUUAAGAUAAUUAUACAAAUGAUAGACAACAUCAGAGCAAUUAAUGAAUAAUGUAAUAAAAUUCAUAUUACUUAAUAAUAUGCAUUUAGAUAGAGAACAACUAUUUUAUAAACAUUAUUUAAUUUUUAUAAGAAUAAAAUCUUUGGUAAUUGUAAUAUUGUUCGAUGUACCGUAUGAGCACCGUUAAUUGCUAGAAAUAUUUUUGUACCUUUUUUUUUUUCAUUAAAUUGGCAACAAGUUUUU